UUUUGAUAUUUUCAAGGUUUUAUUAGUUUAAUAAUAUAUAUGGUUGCUCUGGCAGCAUGUCUGUCCAUCACACGCAUGCUUGGUGCAGCAGACAGCAUUUAUCCCUGGAACGCGUUAGAUGGGUGGGUGCUGGGAGUUAAACCGACGUCCUUUGGAAGGGCAGUGUCUUAGUUAGGGUUUUACUGCUGUGAAGAGACAUCCUGACCAAGGCAACUCUUAUAAAGACAACAUUUCAUUGGGCCUGGCUUACUGGUUCUGAGGUUCAGUCCAUCAUCAUCAAGGCAGGAAUCUGGCAGUGUCCAGGCAGGCGUGGUACAGGAGGAGCUGAGAGUUCUACAUCAUCAUCUGAAGGCUGCUAGGAGAAGACUGACUUCCAGGCAGCUAGGAUGAGGGUCUUAAAGCCACCACCCCCACACAGUGACACACUUCCUCCAACAAGGUCACACCUACUCCAACAAAUCACAUCUUCUAGUAGUGCCAGUCCCUGGACCAAGCACAUUCAAACCACUGCAGGGAGCCAGUGCUCUUGAGGAUCUCCCUCUCCAGCCCCCUCAUUGUUGGAUUUUGGGGUUUUGGUUUUUUAGGUCAGUUAAUUCAAAGAUGUGCUAUCAUUAAGGAGGUGGUGCCAGAGGACAAGGGGUCUGCACUGUUCUUCCAAGCUCUGGAGCAUAUAACGAGAGGAGCUGCCUCUCACUUGCUUCUUGGUACAAGAAAUGCACUUGCAAAUAAUCUCAGCCAAGGAAAGCCCUUGGGAUGUGCACUCAACCCUGGAUGCAUAAUAGAGUCACUUGGGAAAUGUAAAAUAUUCAAGCCUGGGGCCUACCCCAGUGGCUCGGAGAAAAUUGACCUAGGAUGGGCUCCAGCCAUUAGUGUUUUUAAAAAAGUCCCAUGGGCUUAAAAAAAUCUAAUUUAUAACAGGCAGAAGUGAGAGCCACUACAUUGGUGUGUGUGUGUGUGUGUGUGUGUGUGUGUGUGUGUGUUCUCCAUGUCUGCUGCAAGAGAUAUGAAUUUUGAGCAGUCCAACACCACACAGCCAUGGGGCUGGUAGUUACCCUUAGCUCUUCUCUGGAUGAGUCUGAACGGCUCAGUUUUGGACCUCCCCCAAGGCAGUGAUCAACACUGCUCUUAAGCAAGAAAGAGGACAGACAGCAGAAGUGCCAGCAUAGUAGGAGUUAUUUAUAACUGAUGAACUGAAGACAAAGCUUGGUGGUAGACCCUUGCCCUGCAUGUGUAAGAACCUGGGUUCAAUCCCUGGUACAGCAAAAACCACCACCAACAAAACACUUGGAUGUGGUGUUCCAGUAACAUGAAUCAAAUGAUCUAAGGGGCUGACCGCACACAGGGUUGUACCAUGAAGGUCUGAAGCUGUGUAUGUGUGUAAAUCCUCUUGGGGUCAUAGUAGGUUAUGUGUAUGUAUGGGUGGGGACUUACACACAGUUAUUUAGUGGGGUAGCUUUAUAAUCCCCAAAGGAGAGAGACCUUUGGGUACGAGGACACUUUCUUUAAGGAAAGCUUCCUUCUGGGAGACUCCUGGAGCCUCUGUUGAGCAUGCUCUGUCCUGAUGGUUGUUGUUUUGUCAAUUCGACACAAGCUGUCUGGGAAGAACCACCCCAGUUGAGACAGUGCGUCUCAGAUGGCCUGUAGGGAGGUAAGCCUGGUGGGUGGCAAGCGAUGCUGGAGUAUGGAAGAAAGUAAUUUGAACAAGAUCCGAGGAGCAAGUCAGUGAGCAGCGGGCCUCAGUCCUGCAUUCAGGUUCCUGCUCUGAGUUCCUGCCCUGAUGCUUCUCAGUGAUGGAGUGUGUCCCAAGAGUGGUAAGCUGAAAUAAACCCUUUUCUUCCCAAGUUGUUCUUGUUCAUGGUAUUUUAUCACAGAAAUAGACACCCUAAGUAAGACACUGCCCAUCCCUUAUCCAGGAUCCCUAUGAAACUGCAGGGAGGGGCACGGAGACUCUGAGCAGCUGGUGUGUUGUACCAGGCAGCCCUGUGUCCUUCUGUGGUUCUCACAGGUGCCUGCCACAGCUCAGCACGUGCCCCUCCCCUGCCAACUCCCUCAAAGAAGAGUGGCAAGAUUUCCAUAUUAUCAACCACCCAGGGUUUCUGCUGUUACAUACACAACUCCCGGCUCCAUUGCUUUUGAUGCAGACUGAGGUUUUAAAACUUUUCUCACCCACCUGGUUCCAGUUUAGAAGGGAUGUCUCUGAGUUGAGAAUUCUAACCAUUUAGAAAUGACUUGUUGGGCCUGUGAGAUAUGUUAACAGAUAAAGGGUGCUUCUGAUAGACCAAGCAGACCUCAGUUUGACUCUGGGGACCCACAUGGUAGGAGGAAAAAACUGACUCUCACACGUGGUCCUUUGAUCCCCAUGUGUCAUGGCAUGCCUUCUGGAAAAAGACAGAAGGAAAAGAUGGCAGCACAGAGCCUUUUGUCAGUCACAUACGAUCUAAUACUCCUCUUCAGGCCUGCACGGGAGCACAGCCACCAGCAGAGCAAAGGGCGCGUAGUUUCAAAUAAAUGCAAUUCCCUGUCAAAGGCAGGACUUACAGCUGUAGCCAGGCAGAUCUCUUAGGCCUGAUUCUCAUCCUUAGCGAUAAAUAUUACCCAUGACCCAGUGUCCCUGUUGGCAGUACUUGUAGCCUACUAAACAGCUCCAGAAUCCUUGCUUGGUAUGUUAAAGUCACACAGUGUGUCCCUAGCCACCUUCCUUUCAGAGCGGCAGACUCCAUUACUAGUCACAGCUGGAAGUUGUAUGGGAUAAAUGUCUUGUCUCACCUGGGCCUCCCUUUGCCACUCUGCAAACAUACGGGCCAUCCCUGGAGCUUGUCUUCCUGUCUAGAAUGUUCUCCAUGGACUUCUCCAGUUCAUUCUCGCCAACAGAGACCGCCCUCCUGAUGUCCCUGACGGCUUCCAGUUAGAUCCCCCGCCCCAUCAUUAAUGAUAACUAGCUGAGUGGCACAAGCCUGACAUCUCAGCACUCUGGAGGCUGAGGCAGAAGUAUCAUUAAGAGUUUGGGGGAACAUGGACCACACAAAAUACACCUUGCCUCAAAAAUAGGCAGGACGAGGAAAGAAGGAAAGGAUUCAGUCAUGAACUGCUUCGUGGCACAACUUAAUUUUGCAAGUGGAUUUGUCUUCAACAUGGAUAAGCUGUAUUGUGGCAACUAGCCUGAGGCCACUCUGCUCAGAGCAGUCUCCCAUAUGCUUUGAGUGUGGUAUGAAUCUUCUGAGCCAGAUUGAGGGGCUUAGUGUCUGCAAAAGUCAAUUCAUCAACCGAAUGAAUGCAUGUUUCUAAGUGACUGGAUAUGGAAUUAAUCCUAUUUCUACAUCCCUAGUACUCAGAGAUAAACUCCAGGCAUUAAUGUAGCAGCCCCUGUACCACUUUCCAAUGAAGGGAUAAUGCAAACAGGGGCCCUCAAACUGGAUGCUAAUUACUGCAAAUCUUCCUGGCCCAGCCAGCCUUUACAAAAAAAACAGUGAAAACUGUUUUUAUUUUCUUGAUCAUACCAGGUCCUGGUCCUGCACAUCUGAGUUUUCUACUUGGAAUGGAGCAAUGCCCGCUGGUCUGGGCAGUGCUGACUCUCCUAUCUGGGCCCACUAUUUCUGUGUAAGGUCUGAAUUGACUGGCAAGGAUGUGCUGAACCAGCCCAGCCCCACCCUAGAGCCAGCAGAGAGGUGAGAAGCCCAUGGGUCUCAGUUGGAGCCUUAGAAACUAGCACACAAGCUGGCCCUGGGGCAGCUGCAGGGAAGGGAACCCAGAGAAGCCAUCCUGGGGACAGAACUGGACCUUUUCAAGAUGGCUAUUCUAUUCCUUGAGCCUCCAAACAGGUCAAUUCACAAGCAGCCAGUUGGCAGACAAUUCUAAUGCAUUUUGCCUGACCUAUGGAAUGUCUGUGUCCAACAUCUGAAUUAGCUGUUAACACGCUUAAAAAUGAGAGAUUUCCCAUACAAGACUAGAUUUCUGGCUUCUCCAAGCAGCGAAGCUGGGCCCUCCCACCACAGAGGGGUGGACCUCUGGGUGGGAUGUCUCCUCCCCACAGGGCCAGCGCACCUAAUUUUGCCUCAGCCCACUCUCAGCUUGUUUUCCUUGAUCUAAAAUGUUGCACAUUGCAACUCUGGGAGGGAGGAGGGAAGAUCAAAAGGCUUCUCCAGACUUGAACGCCUCUGGGCGUGGCAUGGUGGCCCUGGGCUCCUAGGAUCUGUAAUGACAUCGACAAGAUAUUGUUUGUUUAUUUAAAAACCAAUUAGAAAUUGCUUGUAACUGAACAGUCCAGCGGGAUGGGCUGAUGAAGCCAUCUCAGGCUGACAUCUAUUGUAGCUUGUGUACUCUCCCAAGGACUGCAAAUCUUUGAACAGUCCUCUAACCUCACUACCACUACUACUAUUACUACUACUACUACUACUACUUCUUCUUCUUCUUUCUUUUUUUUGUUUUUUUGGGUUUUUUUGUGUGUUUUUGAGACAAGGUUUCUUUGUGGAGCCCUGGCUGUCCUGGACCUCACUCUGUAGACCAGGCUGGCCUCGAACUCAGAAAUCCGCCUGCCUCUGCCUCCCAAGUGCUGGCAUCACACACUUGUGUCCGGGUGGCUGUGGAGGGAGUUCUGUGGCUAGGUGACUGACGGCCUGUGGGCGUGCCUGAGAGGGAUAGCUUACAGACUGGAGUAGCUCACAUGCCUAUUAAAUUGUUUGGGCUGGCUUAGUUAUCUCUGACACUUGGAGGACACAUAAAUUCAUUUUAAAAACUAGUCUUUAAUUAUAAUUUCUCUUCAAGUUUUUCUGAGAUGUAAAACCUCGAGGGCUCCAGCUGGUUCUAGAGUUUCUACCUCUAACACUCUACUCCCCUCGACCCCCUCUCCACUUCACCUCACUAGAGUCUACACCAGCUUCCAAGGACCAGGGAACGAACCUCCAGCGAGGAUGUCAGGAUGUCGGAUGGGAACGUUAAGAGGUCGGGAUGUGGAAAAUAAAGGUGUGAAGGUGGGGAGGAAGAACUGUUUGGGCUUUAAGACCGGAACCUCCUGGAUUCCUGCUAGACCAAUCUGCAGCUUUUGCAAACAGCACAGCCUUAAAGUCAUCAGCGCCCCGCUGCGGAAUUCAAGCUCUGCUUGUCACAAUAGUUAACACCUUCUUCGACCAGCCCCCUUCUAUUUGACAAUUUUUCUUUUCUGCCCCUCUCUCUUCUCGCCGAGGUUUUUAGGGAGUCCCCUCAUAUAGCGAGCCGCCCCUUGGCGUUCGGAAGAUUUUUCUGGGGUAGCCCGCUUGCAGGGUGAGUAGGUUAUCAGGUUCUGGGAACGGAGUAUGGGGGCAGGGGAUGGACAAGAACGAUUUUGGAGGUCCCCACGGAUCAUCUGGAAAGUUAACAACGCUUUAGGUUCUAGGCUGGGGACAAUGACCGCCUUUCCAAGGCUGCUGGCUGGGAGGUCGGCGCGUAGCAGCUGAGCCUUGGGCUGCGCUAGGGGUCCCCAGUUUCCUAGAGGGCGCAGAGGCUGCGACAGAGGGGCUAGGUCCACGACAGACCCCAGACUGGCGAGUGCCAGCCGGUGGCCAGGAACCGGGCGCUCCCGCGGGCUCCCGGAGCCCUCCCACUCUUGCCAACUUUCCCUGCCCUGGUGCCGGAGGAGGGCGCCUUUCCCGGCGGGUCGAUACUUAAGGCGGCUCGGCUGGGCAAGGCGGUCGUCAGUCGGAGCGCCCGGCGGCACAGUGGAGGCAGCGUGCGGCGGUGGGAGCCGGAGGAGGGGCAUGGAGCCGCCGCGGGCCUGCUGAGCACCAGAGCGCGGGCAGCCGGCCGCACGGAUGGAGGAAGCGACCCAAGAUAUUAGAUCACACUCUGGUUAACCCGCCGGGGAGAAUACAGUCCCCCUCUUUGGGCAGAGGACCUCAACAAGCGCCCGUGCCAGAGCCUGACUGCACAUAGAAUAUCCGGCCGCAGAACCUUCUUGGGUCUUCUGUAGGGAGAUGUCGGUGCAGCUGACUACAGCCCUGCGUGUGGUGGGCACCAGUCUGUUUGCCCUGGUAGUGUUGGGGGGCAUCCUGGCAGCCUAUGUGACAGGCUACCAGUUUAUCCACACAGAAAAGCACUACCUGUCCUUUGGCCUCUACGGUGCCAUCCUGGGUCUACACCUGCUUAUCCAGAGCCUGUUUGCCUUCCUGGAGCACCGUCGAAUGCGCAGGGCAGGGCGCCCCCUGAAGCUGCACUGCUCUCAGAGACGGCGUUCAGUGGCACUCUGCAUUGCUGCCUACCAGGAGGACCCCGAGUACUUGCGCAAGUGCCUUCGUUCAGCUCAGCGCAUCGCCUUUCCAAACCUCAAGGUGGUCAUGGUAGUGGAUGGCAACCGCCAGGAAGAUGCCUACAUGCUGGACAUCUUCCAUGAGGUGCUGGGUGGCACUGAGCAAGCUGGCUUCUUUGUAUGGCGUAGCAAUUUCCAUGAGGCAGGUGAAGGAGAGACAGAGGCCAGCCUGCAGGAAGGCAUGGAGCGUGUGCGAGCUGUGGUGUGGGCCAGCACCUUCUCAUGCAUCAUGCAGAAGUGGGGGGGCAAGCGCGAGGUCAUGUACACAGCCUUCAAGGCCCUUGGCAACUCAGUGGACUACAUCCAGGUGUGUGACUCUGACACUGUGCUGGACCCAGCCUGCACCAUUGAGAUGCUUCGCGUCUUGGAAGAAGAUCCCCAAGUAGGAGGUGUCGGAGGAGAUGUCCAAAUCCUCAACAAAUAUGAUUCAUGGAUCUCCUUCCUGAGCAGUGUGAGGUACUGGAUGGCCUUCAACGUGGAGCGGGCCUGCCAGUCCUACUUUGGUUGUGUGCAAUGUAUUAGUGGGCCUUUGGGCAUGUACCGCAACAGCCUCCUUCAGCAGUUCCUGGAGGACUGGUACCAUCAGAAGUUCCUAGGCAGCAAGUGCAGCUUUGGGGAUGAUCGACACCUUACCAACCGAGUCCUGAGUCUUGGCUACCGGACGAAGUAUACAGCACGCUCUAAGUGCCUCACAGAGACCCCCACUAAGUACCUUCGAUGGCUCAAUCAGCAAACCCGCUGGAGCAAGUCUUACUUUCGAGAAUGGCUCUACAAUUCUCUGUGGUUCCAUAAGCACCACCUCUGGAUGACCUAUGAAUCAGUGGUCACAGGCUUUUUCCCAUUCUUCCUCAUUGCUACAGUCAUACAGCUUUUCUACCGUGGCCGCAUCUGGAACAUUCUCCUCUUCCUGCUAACAGUGCAGCUAGUGGGAAUUAUCAAGGCUACCUAUGCCUGCUUCCUUCGAGGCAAUGCAGAGAUGAUCUUCAUGUCCCUCUACUCCCUUCUCUAUAUGUCCAGCCUCCUGCCAGCCAAGAUCUUUGCUAUUGCUACCAUCAACAAGUCUGGCUGGGGCACUUCUGGCAGAAAAACAAUUGUAGUGAACUUCAUUGGCCUAAUCCCUGUGUCCAUCUGGGUGGCAGUUCUUCUAGGGGGUUUAGCCUACACAGCUUAUUGCCAGGACCUGUUCAGUGAGACUGAGCUAGCAUUCCUAGUCUCUGGAGCCAUCCUGUAUGGCUGCUACUGGGUAGCCCUCCUCAUGCUGUAUCUGGCUAUUAUUGCUCGGAGGUGUGGGAAGAAGCCAGAACAGUAUAGCCUGGCUUUUGCUGAGGUGUGAUAUAACCUCCAAGAAAAGUGGGAAAUGUGCAAUGGGUAAGGGAGGGAAUGGAAAAGAUGGGGUGGGAGGGAGGAGGGCAUGUUGUGUUCUAGUUUCAUGGCUGAAAGGACCAAUCUGAAAUGCAAACGAUAGUGGCUGGAGUGUGGCCUGGGUAGCUCUGCUCAGCGGAAGCAUGGCACUGAUUCUUUAGGCUCAGAGCAGAUGGACUUGUAUGUUUCUAGGCUGCUUGUCUGCCCUUGCACAGGCAGUAAACUCUGAGAAAUGAUUUUACUUCCUUCUGGGAACUACAGAGAACCCAGAAGUAUGCUAAACUAAGUGCUAAAUUCCAUUCAGUGUCAACUUCUGCUACAGAAGCAAUAACAGCUCAUAGAAAGUGUCCUCCUAGCCCAUCUGAAAAGGUAUAUAAGAAGUUCCUGUCAAGUCUGGCCAGCUACUGUCCCAUUUCCCUAACUUCCAAUUAGCCAUCAAUGCAUUAAGAUUGUGCCUGAGAUAAUGAGGCUGGGAAGCCUGACCUUUGGUCAAAAAACAGGGUCUAAGAAAUGGUGCUUUAUGUAAUUAAUGUAUUCCACCCCACAUCAAAACAUCCCAGGGGCGAGCCAAGUCACUAGGAGUAAGUAGUGAGUUAGGUAGGUUUUCUUGUUUGUUUAUUUUGGGUGCACAUUACAAAGAAAAGUUUGUAAUGCACCAAAAGGUGGUCAGUUGUUCUGGUGCACAUUUGUAAUCCAAGCACUUAGAAGAAAGAUCAGAGAGAGGUUCAAGGUAAGGCUAGACUACAUGAGAUCCUGACUGUCUCAUACAAAAGUAGUUUGACGGAAGGAUCAAAGAUUGUCAUGGUGCUAAAAACCGUGGAUGCCUUGGACUGAAUGUGAUCUGACUAAAAACUGCUUGGUCUUUUACAAAAUUCCCAAACCUGUCAAGAGAACUUGCUGGGCAAAUUGGAUGUUUUAGCCCUGUCCUGGAUGACUCAACCCCAAUGGAUUCAGAUAAGAAGUCUUUAGUUACUCUCACUCAUUCAUACCAGAAUGCCUCUCAAAUUCAGCUCUCAUCCGAGGCUAGACAUCCUGCUGGCUAUUUCAUUUUCUUCAAAGCCACGUUGUUGUAGUUGUUUUCUAGUGGGGAGAGCAGCAGUUACCUCUUCAUUUUCAUGGGUUAAUUCCUAUGUGAACAUGGUAGAGAAUAGACUCUUAUAAGACUUACAAGGCUGUUCCCUACAUGCGUGGAAGUAAUAACAGCCUCUGACCACACAGUUGUCUUAGAACUGGUCAGUACCUUGGCAGCUGGUUAACAUGUGUGACUUCUUGACAAUCAUCCCCAAUGGAAGGCUUUCUGGAAUUGCCCAAAUGAACCUUCAAAUCCGAGUUGGUCAUCUUUGAGAGCAUCCAUUCCCAGGGACGUCUCCAAGGAAUUCUAUGGCUAGGUAGUGGAUGCACCUCCUUUUGCUGCUUCAGUCCAGAAACCAAAGCAGGAGCUGGAAUUGGUUCAACAGUCUUCAGUUCUCUUCCACCCCUCAUGGCUGCUUGACUUCCCUGUUUCUUUUGAGGAAUGAUGAGCACCUUUUAUACUGUUUUGAAGUCAAGACCAGACUUUGCUUUGGAUUUGAAACCUGGGAUCACAACUAAGCCUUUGACUUUAGGAGUUACUUCUAAUUUUCCCAAACAUUUGUUCUCAGAGGGGCCAGCUAACCCCUCAGAAGCAACAAAGUCGGAGAGCAGUGUACACAGGUGCUUCCUACAAAGGAAUGAAGUGCACUCCAAACCACGAAUGGGCAAUCCCUUGUAUUUCCCUUCCUCUUAUGAACAAAAGGGUUUUUCCAGGUGUAGCUUACAGUUGCCACAGCACACAAACCUCAAGUUUCUAGUAAAACUGCUGGCUGAUGUGAAGCCCAACUCACGGUGGCUGGGAAGCAGCAGCCAUUCAUCAAAGGCAGUUGUUCUGGGUCCUUCUGUUAAGAAGUGAACUAUUUGAGCACUACAAUGAAGACAAUCCAGUCAGCUAACUUCAGGGCUCAGACUAGGCUUGUUUUUCUUCAGCUUUUACUUGAAGGUUACAGGACAAUAGACCCUGGAGGAAAACUGGUUGUCUACCGUCAACAUCAGCUCUUCUGCCUUGCACUGUGGUCAAGUCUCCUCAGAUUAAAGAUGCAGGUACAGUAGUGAGCCUACAACAUUUGACCUCGACUGGAUUUCCUAAUUUAUUUUAUAAGUUUUCAGCAGCAAGACUAAACUGGGUCUACAGCUAUAUCCCUGUUUCUUGCAAGGGAAGAGCCUUUAUAUAAUUAGACUCAUUUUGGUUUUUCCUCAUUGACAA